ACCUAGGUUAGGUUGUCAGUGUCUUCGGUGUUUGAGAUGGUAUAUUCUGUGAUUGGGAGUCCCCGACGUCUUAAUCUUGAAAAUAAAACUAUGGUAAAAAUCUGAUGAAAUAUUUCAUAAGAAUAAAGGUGUUUUUGUCUUGAACAUAGCAAAAUGGACGAGCAAGUUGAAUUCACUCCUAGAAAUUAUCAAGUAGCAUUGUUUAAUGAAUGUCUUAAAGGUAACACCAUAAUUUUUUUACCUACCGGAGCUGGUAAAACCUUCAUUGCUAUAAUGGUAAUGAAAAAAAUGGGUGGAGAUUUGAUUGGUGAAAAGCAUAAAGUAAGCAUUAUUUUGGUGAACACUGUUGCCCUUGUUGAUCAGCAUGUUAAAUAUGUUAAGAAGCAUACUCCCUUUCAAUGUGGAGGUUAUUCAGGUGAAAUGAAUGUAGAUUUUUGGAGCCCUGGUAUGUGGCAUAGAGAAUUUGAAAAAAAUCAAGUGUUGAUUAUGACAAGUGAGAUAUUCGCAGCAAUUGUCCGAGGCAAAAUAUUUGAUCCUAGUAAAGUGAACCUUUUAAUUUUUGAUGAGUGCCACCAUGCUGUCAAUGACCAUUCUAUGAGAGUUUUAAUGGAAGCCUUUUAUGAUUUAACAUCUCCCCCGAAAAUAUUGGGAUUAACUGCCACUUUAUUGAAUGGUAAUUGUAAACCCCAUAAAGUUAUGGAAGAAGUAAGAUCACUUGAGGUAACAUUUAAAAGUAAAAUUGCUACAGUUGAUGGAUUAGAAGUAGUGGUAGGAUAUGCAACUAAUCCAGAAGAACAUUUUGCUUUUUUUGCUCCUUAUAAUACUUCGGAAAUAGAGAAUGAAUGCUUGAAUUUUAUUGAUGAGCAGAUAAGAAUUGUCGAAUUGCUGAAUUUGAAAAGUAAGAAAGAUGAGGAACGAUCAAUAAAUAAGAACCUGAAGGUUUUAGAACCAGUCGAUGAUAAAAAGAAGUUACUCAAUCUGAUGAAAGAUAUUCAGUUUCAUAUACGUAUGUUUGGGAUUUAUGGAGGGAAAAUUGCCUGUCAUGUGGGUAACAUCUUGUUGACCAGAAUCCUAUAUAGUUGCAGUGAUGUGAAAUUGGCUUAUGCUGUACAGUCUAUUCAGACAUGCUUGGGGGGGAUAGCCAACUAUUUCAAGAUGGCAAUGAAAGAUUGCAAAAAAGAAAAGAACCGUAUUUCCAAGUUUUCUAGCCCUAAAGUUAUGAAGUUGUUUGAAGUACUCAAGGACUUUAGGGAAAGGUCGGAUGAGGAACUUUGCGGAUUGGUUUUUGUUGAAAGGAGAUCAACUGCCAAAGUAUUACAUUAUGUUCUGAAAGCUUUGAGUGAAAACGAUCCAGAUUUUGAUUUCAUCAAAUCAGAUUUCAUUGUUGGGGCCAGCAAUAAUGUAACGCUUUCUUUAGAAAAUAUGUAUAUUUCAAAAAAGAACAAAGAAGUUCUGAGUCGGUUCGUCAAUAAGGAGACUAAUUUGCUUUGCACUUCUCAAGUACUGGAGGAGGGCAUCGACAUACCGAAAUGCACGAUGGUGUGCAAGUUCGACGUUCCUAAAGAUUACAGAUCUUACAUACAAUCCAAAGGUAGGGCGAGGCACAAGAAGAGCCAUUACUAUAUAAUGGUGCCUAAGGAUAAUGCUAUGGAAAAAUUUCGCAGCAGAUAUGAAGAAUAUGGAUCUGUUGAGAAAACUCUUAAUGAUUUUCUCAUUGGGAAAAAUGACGAGAGGGAAGUGCCUUCUGAUAAGGAAAUCAAAGAAAUGCGUGGCAACCAACGUCUGAAACCAUUUUAUGUGGACGGACCCGGUUCUGCUUAUGUGGAUCCUGUCUCCGCUGUUUCCCUACUGACCCGUUACUGUCAGACACUUCAGUCAGAUCGAUAUUCCGUAUAUUCCCCUGAAUGGUAUUAUGAGGAUGUCCCUGGGGGUGCUCAAGUGACAGUUGUAUUGCCAACAGUUUGUCCAAUAAAAGAACCAAUACAGGGAAUCACAAUGAGAACCAAAAAAAUGGCAAAGCGGGCAGCGGCAUACGUAGCAUGUAUCCAAUUAUAUUAUUGUGGUGAACUGGACCAAAGUUUACUGCCUAGACAGAGGAUUCUGGAGGAAACAGAUAUUUCUUUCUUAUUCGAACACUACCCCCAGAUAAAGGAGGUUAAUGCUGGAUUGAAGAAGACCAGACUCCACGAUUUACAGUUGCCCAGAGCGAUUCGUGGAAGGAUAACGCCGAAAGAGGAAGUUUACCUGCACAUUAUUAACAUAAGACCUCUUUUUACGAUAGGGGAGGAUGAAACGAAAUUUUUGACGACAGAUCUCACUUACGGUUUCAUUACUCCCAAUUUUUUGCCAAACACUUGUGGUUUUCCACUUUUCAUCAAGAAUGGAACUAUUAGAAUUUCCAUACGGAACAACGUGAAAACUAUUUGGUUAUCUGAUGAAGAAAUUUGGGCGAUCAAGAAAUUUCAUUUUAUGGUUUUCGAUGACGUCUUGAAGGUUCUAAGCGAGUGCUUCAUCAUGGACCACUCUGAGAACGCGGAGUCGCUAUUUUUGGUUCCUGUGAGCAAAAGUAAAUCAGACAUUGAUUACGGGAUUUUAGAGGCGAACCAAGAGAUGAAAUGCAUAGAAUACGACACAGAGAUACAGAAAUCCAAGAUUGUUGUUAAUACAGACACCUAUCUCAAUAAAAUAGUCUAUCCUCGAUACAGGUCACAGGUAUCAGAUUACUUGGUAGUAGCCGUGUGUGCAGAUAAAAAUCCGGAAAGUGACUUUCCUAAUAACGAGUACGUAGAUUUUUGCGAUUAUUACCUUCAGAAGUAUAAUGAAGUAAUUAUUAACAAAAGUCAACCUUUGCUGUUGGUUAAAGGAAUUUCUCAAGGUAAGAAUCUAUACAAACCAGUUGGUACAGAGAAGAAAAGAAAAUGGGACGACAAAUACACAAGUGACACACUUGAAUAUUUGAUACCAGAGAUGUUGGGCAAGAGAGAGUUCCCUGCAGAACUGUGGAUACAAGGUAGACUUCUCCCUUGCAUUUUGUACAGGUUGACGUACAUGUUGCGCGUGGAAUCUUUGUUGAAGAAAAUUGGGCGAGAGUGUGGAUUCCGCAUCAAUAAUCACGUCCUUGAAGAUUUAAAAGUUAACUACGAUCUUCUUAAAUACAAAGCGUAUUUGGGUGAUAAGGAAAAUACGACACCUCUAGUAAAGAACUUCGAGAAGUCUGAAAGGGUUCGAGCCUUGCCCCCUGCUCUGAUACCUUCCGGAGAUAAUUUCAAAAUUGAAUCGUUGGAGGAGUCCAGGUAUCCGUGGAAGGAUAUCGACGAACCGAAGGACAUUGAACGGAAUUUAGAUGUUACGUCUUUAGAUAUCUAUGCUUACUGCCAAUUUGUCAACCAGUCUGUGACGCAGGAACAAAGAAAAGAAGUUUACAGUAGUCCCAAAAGGUACAACUAUCCUGCCCUAACCUACCAAAAAGAUUAUGUCUACAAGACCAUCAAAAUGCUCUUUGAUAACAAUUCUGGUAUCGUCGAGCUUGCCGAUAUGUAUGAGGCGAUGACAACGUCGAAAGCUAACGAUAUUGUGAGUCUGGAACGUUCUGAGACUCUGGGCGAUUCGUUUUUGAAAUUCAUCACCUCACAUUAUAUAACCAUCCGGUUCCCACACUUCGAUGAGGGCAGAGCUACCCAGUUGAAGGGUCGUAUGGUCAGCAAUAAGAACCUGUUCUAUUUAGCUGCGAAGCACAACAUCGGGGGUAUCAUUAGAAAUAGGGAACUUCGCUUGAACAACGGUUGGAUACCCCCUGGUUUUUGUAUCCCGGAAAAAGUCAGGCAAGAUAUUUGUGAUAAGGUUGUCUCGCCGAUGAUUCUGCAUUCUCUGAGGUUCAAGAAAGAUGGAAGGUUAUCUGGUACCCCCAACUAUGUUGAUUUCGCAGCGGAGCGAAACCAAUACUAUGAAAAUAACGUGGAUGAUGAAAAUAAUGCUUUCGAUGACAUAGAUCAUUAUUUGAAGAAACAAUUGUUGAAGGAUAAAUGUGUAGCUGAUGCCGUUGAAGCUAUAUUCGGAACUUAUCUGCUAAACACUGGAUUCGAUGGUUGCCUUAAGGUGGUGCAAUGGAUGGGCGUCAUACCAUUAUCUGAGAAUAUGACCGAAUUGUUGAAACGCCCCGUGCCGUCGCCAGCCCUAUUGCCGGACGUGAAACUGGAAAAUAUAAAAAUUCAUCUACCGCUCUACGCGAAAAUCGAGGAAAUUCUUGGUUAUACUUUCAGGAACAGAGCGUACCUCCUGCAAGCCUUCACCCACCCAUCGUACACGCCCAACAGGGUGACCCUGAGCUACGAAAAGUUGGAGUUCUUGGGCGACGCCGUGCUGGACUUCCUAGUCACCUGUUUCAUCUUCGAGACGUGCCCACGCAUGACGCCCGGCGACCUGACGGACCUCAGAUCGGCACUCGUCAACAACCAUACCUUCGGCAGUUUUGUCGUUAGGUUAGGUCUGCAGAAAUACCUGCUGCUGUUGAAUAACACGUUGCAACAUUACAUCGACAACUUCGUGGAUUUCUUCGCCAGGAAAGAUUUCGUCAUCGACGACACAGUUCUGAUUUUAAUGGACGAGGACGAUUUGAAAAUGGCCGAAUACGUUGACGUACCGAAGGCUUUAGGUGAUUUAUUCGAGGCAAUAGCUGGAGCAAUAUUUCUGGAUAGCAAUUAUUCUCUUGAAACAGUUUGGAAGGUGUUCAAUCCAUUUAUGUGGAAAGAGAUCGAUUCGUUCUGCAACAACGUCCCUAAGAACGUAGUGAGGCAGCUUUAUGAGAAAGAUGUUUUUCCAGUAUUUGGAGAUGCUGUAGUAACUGAAAAUGGAAACGUGGAGGUGAGGCUGGAUUUCCUUUCCGAGGGUAGACCUAAGCAUGUAUAUGGGUUUGGGUCUAAUAAAGCACAAGCGAAGAAAGCGGCUGCUAAAAUAGCUCUGAGGAACCUGUGAAUGUUCACAGAUUGACGAUGUGUGACUGUGAAAAGACGGUCUAACAAGAAAACUUGUUCGAUUCUCGUCCGGCAUUUUCUUCAAAGGACUGUGAUGUUUGAAAAUAGUUCUUUCUUUAUUCAUUUACAGUUUCGUUGAACAAACUUUCAUUUGGCUUUAUAAAAAUAUUAACAGCUUAUUAUUAUUAUUAUCACCUUUUGAAGAGUAAACCAGGAUUAGCUGUACUGGAUUCGACCGAUCAAAAACAUAAUGAUUUGGGUAUAUUCAUUGUUUAUUUGUGAUUUCACCAUGCAACAAAAUAAUUUAGGAUUUCUAAAUGUUGAUUUCUAGUUUUGUCUUCAGUAAGGUGCAUCGGGAUUAGGGAUAAGUCCA